AUGCUCGAAAAGAUGACAAAGUGCGCCUUCAAAACGGAUAUAACUCGCGGGAUAUUGCUGGAAAUUGGGCACUGCAUGCGAGAAGUCGUCAAUGUUGCCGAAGAAGAGACAGAUGACCCGGAAAAAUCCGCAUCAAAUGAGGAAGAUCAAGACAAACAAAAAGCGGCUAUUGAGGCAGAGAAGAAGGAGCUCAACUUUCUGUGGCGCCACUGGGGCCAAGAAGAGAAAAUUGAAGGCCUGAAAAAGGAGGCGCAGGCCAUUGAGAAACUGACGAAGCAGGGGAAGAUGAUGGCUGAUAAAAAUAAGAAAGACGAUUCCCCUGAUUCCGAGGGUGAUUCGAACGAAAAAAAAGAAAAUGGGAACAAACCACCAGAGAAGGAGGAAGACGCGUUCGUCGAAGAUUUCCAGCCUCAAGAGCAGGACAACGGUCCGCCGGCAGACAAUGAUUUGGCUAAGGACGAGAAUAUUGAUCGGAAAAUGGUUCGAGAGGUAAACGGCACGGCCUCUGUGAACACGCCGAUUCAGCAGAAGCAUCGAGAAGAAGCGGAAGAACCACAAAAUCCAAAACCUAAAGAUUCAGAGCGGAGAAUAACGCAGUCGGUUCGACAGCCCACUUCGGCAACGAUCCGGAAAACCGGGCCACCGGCGCGAGCACCUCCUCGGCCUCCAAAAAAGGAGCAACGGCAGCAAGAAGACAGCAGUCCGACUUCCAGCGAAGAGGAAAUUGACGAACAAACCGAUUAUUGGUUCCGGCAA